UUAACUUUCUGGCACCAGUUGAUAAAAAAAAAAAAGGUUUCCACCGGAGAACCCCUUUAAGGCUCUCUCAUUUGUCAAACAUUGACUAACAGGGUAGCUACCUAUAGGUGGCAGUAGAGAGACAAUUUUCUUCCUUGCGGAGGAGUGCUAAAUUCUAUAGCUUCCUUAGGCUAUGUUUACACAGCAGAAAAUUUGCAGAAUGUUCGCCUGGAAAACACGGACGGAGUUUCCCGCGGCAGGUGUUUCCGCCGCAGAAAUUCCGCCGUGUGCACGUUGCGGCAGAAUCCCACUGAAGUCAAUAGGACUCUGCUGCAGAUGAAUUUCUGCAGAAAUUCCACCAUGUGAACAUAGCCUUAUUGGUAUAUUAAAGGGGUAUUUCAGCUCUUAAAAAAAAUUUGUGUUUUUUCUGGGAUUUUGUAAAUGUAGAAGAAAAAACUCUACUUACCUACCCAUGCUCCCCCGCUGGUCAAGACAGGACAUUGCAGUGGUCAUUGAUUGGCUGAGUGGGCAAGUCCUGCAGGAUGAAAAGAUGCGGUUGGGGGGGUUUACCGGAAGAUGGAAAAACCACUGCUGCUGGGUAGGUUUUUUUCCCCCAUAUUUUGCAAGGACCCAGAAGCAUAGAUUAUUUUUUAAAGAGUUGGAAUACCCCUUUAAAGUAGAGGAGUACUGUAGUGGAAUAUAACAUAAAGGGGUAUUCCAGGAAAAACUUUUUUUUUUAUAUCAACUAUAUUAAACAGAUUUGGAAAUUACUUCUAUUAAAAAAUCUUAAUCCUUCCAAUAAUUAUCAGCUGCUGAAGUUGAGUUGCAGUUUUGCAACAGCUGGAGGCACACUGGUUGGAAAACACUGCUCUAGAGCCAACUGUAUGUAGCUGCCCUGUAAGUCAAUGUCUGAUCCAUAAAGAAGCCUUGAAACAUGACUAGGAAUAUUAAGCAAACCAGUUGUAUGGUUUAGCUACAUGUUCUUUUCUGUCUGGCAACAGUGCUCUCUGCUGACAUCUCUGCUUGUCUCGGGAACUGCACAAAGUAGCAGAGGUUUACUACGGGGAUUUGCUUCUACCCUGGACAGUUCCCGAGAUGGGUGUCAUCAGAGACCACUUAGAAGGAAAAGAACAACUCAACUUCAGCAGCUCAUAAGUACUGAAAGGAUUAAGAUUUUUUAAUAGAAGUAAUUUACAAAUCUGUUUAACUUUCUGGAGCCAGUUGAUAUAUGAAAAAAAAGUUUUUCCCUGGAUAACCCCUUUAAACCCUAUCUGAAGAAUAGGGAAUAAGUUAUAGAUCGCGAUCUCCUGUAUGGGGUCCCGGCAGUCCGCAAGAAGGGGGCGUUCCAUCCCCCUCAUGACGCGGUGGCUGACACCCCCUCCAUAUAUCCCAUAGAGAUACAUGUAGGGGGUGCGUCUGCUGUGGCUUCCUGUGGAGGUCGGCACGGCACUUCCUGCGGACUUCCCCGGCCCCGUACAGAAGAUCGCGGGGAGUCCCAGCUGUUGGACCCCCUGCAAUCUAUAACUUUAACCUCUUUAAAGGGGUUAUAUAGGGAAUAAAUUCACUACAGUACUCCUUGAAGUGAACAUCUCAGGUAUGUUGCAUUUACAUGCUAUUCAGUGUCUAUGCAUUGAUUGUAUCUGCCACAAUUGCGUCUAUACAUUGAGUGCCAUAUAAAUAAUAAAAAAAUGGGAGAUCCUAAUGGAUUUUAGGCGCAACCAAUUUAUCGGUAAGAAAAUCAUAGGAUGUAAAUAGUUUGGUGCUAGUCACUCAACAGUUAAUAUGGAGGCUGAAUUACAACAGAAACUCUGGCCUGGAAAAGUGGAAAAAAAAGCCUGUACUAUACGCUAUGAGACCCCGCCUGAACAGACCCCAAUGGAAACUUUUAUAGAAUUUUUAUUUUUUUUGUAUUUCUGUAUAUUACAGCAUAUUCUAUGUUCUGUGUGGUAAAUUCCGCACAUUUUGAUACUAAGGAACAUGUUUGUGAUGAAAUUCUAUUUUUGACUUUGAUACUCAGAAUCGUAUCUGCAAAUAUUCUAUCGAGGUAUUUAAGUGGGGCGUGUUUUACAUUUGCAUUCAGGAGAUUUUUAUUAUUUUUUUUUUUUUUUUUUGUUACUGAAAUGGUGAUGUUGAGUAUUGCUGUAAAAAAAUUGAAAUAUUUCUUAAAAUAAAACCCAUGGACAAACUCGAUAAAACUUGUGGAGUUCAGUGCUCAGAAGAAUAACAUGAAAGCUUUUUACAGUUUGUUACAUGGUGUACUGUACGCCCAAACUGCAGGGGGCCUUCAUUCCUGUUAAGUCGACGUUGUGAACUAUGCCGUUUUACUCUGUUGCUUUUUUAAGGGGUCCUCCAUGCUGUUGAACUUAUCAGACACUUCUCUAUCCAUCUGAUCACAGGGGAUCCCAGCGGUCGGCCCUCCUGUACGGGGCCCUGUCUAUUUACCCUUCCUCGGCGCGAUCUGGCCCCCACUUUCCGGGAGGGACAUCGCAGCGGACGUUGGUUGGCUAUACAGGCCGUCAAUUGCUUUUGUGCAGGAAUGUGGGGGUCGGAGUGGGCCAAGGACAGGUAAGUACUCGGGCCCCUCAUGAUCAGACUUUUAUCCCCUAUCCUGUAAAUAGAGAGAUAAGUGUCUGAUAAGUUCAGUUACCUGGAGUACCCCUUUUAUACAAAUUUUGUGGUAUCCUGUUGGUUUGAAAAGUUCUGUAGCUGUCAUAAACUUACUUGUCCUUGCUCUCUUACCGUGUCUGGUCCUUACAGGGUGCAACUGGGAGCGUCCGGGGUCUCUAUGGUGACAGGCUCUGCAAAGAACAGAACAGUACGUCAUACUGCUGCCUGCCUUGCCGACCACUCAGGAGGGAAACUUCCGUGUCAGCUGAUCACAUCCUGGAUCCUGCACAUAUUUUUGCAUCUGUAGAUGGAAACUAUUUUUCAGGAAUUUUCUGGAUAUCAUGGAACCUUAGUAAAGCCAUAUUACUGGCUCUAUCCGAACCACCAUUGUGUGAGAUGUCCGUACCAUAUCAGGACAGGAGAGGACUCCCGGGUCACCUAUGGAGAGUUCUACGAGGCCUUCGGCUUUCCCUAUGGGCCAACAACGCCUGAAAACCGGCAACUGCUAUUUUACGAAGUGAAAUCGUUGGAUGGGGCCGUCAUCCAGAAGGGUCAGGCUUCCAACUGCGCUCAUUCGGACCUUCACGUGGAGUCCAUGUUGUUUCAGAGAAACGGUUAUCUAGACUCCUUCAUCUACCAGCAUAACCCAGUCGGCUACUUAACCCUUUACACAAACCUAACUCCAUGCAAUGAGUAUGGGCAUUUUUGCAUCAGUAAAAUCUACGACUUAUUGCUGAAGUAUCCUGACAUGCGCUUAGACAUCUACUUCUCGCAGUUGUACCAUGUUGCGGAAGAGUUUCCUGCUUCUUACUGGAACAAAGAGGCCUUGAGGAGUCUUGCUGGUCAUUGGCCAAGAGUAACGCUAAAUCCAUUGAGUAAUGGGAUCUGGAAAACCGUUCUUUACUCUUUCGUAAAAGAAGUUCCAGAGAGCACCUUGUACCAACCCAUUUUGCCUGUGAGGGCUUCAGCGGACCGAUAUAACGCACACAUGAUACAUCUUAUCACUGGAGUUAAGCCAUAUUUUGUUGACGUUCCUCCAGUUUUUCAACCUCAAGAGAAGGAACGUGUUCCGGAGUAUCAAAGAGAAAAGAUUAAUCCUACUUCCCUCCCUCAGCCCCAAACAGGCUUCUCCCCAUACUAUCCUAUGUUUGCUUCACACAUUCCCUCCAUCCCCGUACCCAAGUCAUAUAGACCGAUAGAAGCUAAUUCUAAACCCAAAAACGUUGUCCGGCAUCUGAACAUGCCUGGGAAUAUAAGUGGAGACAUGAACUUCAGAGACAUUGUAGCAAAUGCAAGAAAAACCAAUGAAGUUAUAAUCACGGAGGAAGUGGUAAAAAAGACAGAUACAGAGGCAAACAGGAGCAGAAGACACAAAAGAGACAUUUAUUCUGCGAAAAAAUCCAAGCGCUGAGGGACAAUACAAGAAUUACAAUAUUUAUUCAGUAUAUGAUAGAAUAAUGUGCAGCAAAGUGUAAUGAACGGGUUUGUGAUGAGAAAUUUGUUCUUCCCAAACCUGAGGAAUUUAACAAGGUUUUUUGCUCAUGCUUAAUUGUGAAUUUUUGCCAAUUUUUUGUGAAUUUUUUUGCUAAUUUUUCUGUCAUAGUAAUUAACCACCAAUACACAAUGUUGCGGU